CUCAUCUCUCUCUCUCUCUCAUCUCUCUCUCUCUCUCUCCUCCCAGCGUCGCACUCUCGGCGAAGAGUCCCGGCCACGCGCAACCUUCGCCAAACGCAGCUGCUUCCGCCGCCGCGAAUCCCCCCCGAUCCGUCGAGCUCGAAUCGAGUCCGCGCGCGUAUCCCGAAUCCAGCGGAGAUGAGUCGCGCGCACGACGGGCACAGGUCCUUCUUCCCUGUGGGGAACCCCUUCCGGAUGAUCCUUCCGAGGGGAGCCCACCUGUCACCGAAGCUCGCGGAGCUGCUCGCGUCGCAUGAGGAUGGCCUGGCCUUGAGCUUGAGGAAGCUCAAGCCGGAGGACACCUCAGAGGUGCUCACCUUGUCAUGGAUGAGGCUCGCAGUGGAUAGCUUAUCGGAGCUGCACACCAACAUUGCCACCCUGAUCACCGAGCUUGAGCUGCCCGUCUUGGAUUGGGAUGAGAAGUGGGUGGACAUCUACUUGAACAGCAGCGUGAAGCUGCUGGACAUUUGCAUCGCGCUGAGCUCAGAGCUCGCUCAGUUGGAUCAGGGGCAGCUGCUCGUGCAAUAUGUUCUGCAUGUGUUGGACUCUGGGAGCAAGGUGCCGUCGCAGGAGCAGCUCAAGAGAGCUGAGGCGUCGCUUAAGGAAUGGAUGGAGAAAGUGCGCAUGAGGUCUCUUAGGCUUGAGAACUGCUUGGCAGUUUUUCAGGAGCUUGCUGGGAACCUUUGUCUGAUGAAGGUUAAGCAUUCUGCUAAGGGGAAGGUGCUCAUGCGGGCCUUGUAUGGAAUUGAGGCUGUUACAGUCUUUAUCUGCAGUGUGCUUGUAGCGGUACUGUCAGGUAGCUCCAAGCCACUGGUGGAGUUUGAUGUCCCUGAGAAAUUUGGUUGGUCUAAAGCCUUCAAUGAUUUUCGUACUGCUAUCAAUGGGGAGCUUAGAAGGCAAUUAUCCAGAGGCAGUGUUGCAGCUGUAAAAGAGCUGGAGGAAGUUGUGGCAUGUGCUAGAAAGCUGCAUGGAUUGAUCAGCACUGCUCAGCUUGAAGAAGAGAAUUCCAACCUGGCUCGUGCUGUUAGCCAUUCAACGGAAGUGGUCAUGUCAGAUUCUGCUGCCCAGGAAGGAGCCCAUGAGGAUAAUCCUAAAUUGGCUGAUGAUACUAGCCGUGAGUGUGAAGUAAUCAUGCUACAGAGUAUUACAGAAGGAAUGGGUAUAACUGACAUUAAGGAGGAUGCCAAGACUAUGAGCCAUACAAAAGAAGUGAUGAUGCUUGAGAGAACAAGCUACGGUGAACACCAAGAUGAUAACACAGAGCAGGCCACUGGCAUCGGCAAUGAAACCAGUGGCUUGGAAAGGGGAGAACAGUUGCUGAACUGCAUCUCCAGCAUGUCGAAAAGUGCCAAGGGGCUCCGGCUCGGGUUGGACGAGGUGUCCAAGCGAGUGGGGGACUUCUUCCAGAUCGUGCUUACAGGACGUGAUGCGUUACUGUGCAAUCUCAGGAUUUCAGAUGGGAGCAAGGUUGCCGCUGAGGUCAGGUCUUAGUAUGCUCUGCAAAUAUGUAUUCUGUGUAAUGUCUGUAUGCACAACUUGGCAUCGGCAGCACAUCUUUAUACGUGGUUCUUCUGACUUCUGGCCCCUGCUCAGCCUCACCAAAACUAAGCUGGGGCCAGAUCCCAGCGGCACUGUGCAUAAUCAUGUGCUGCUAGUUGAGUUGUGCUAGUCGUAUAUGGUUUGUAUUCGUAGGUUCUUUACAGUUCUUCCCCUCUUUUUGGUCAGUAGUAACUAGUAACUAGAAUGUUGUUGAGUAAAUACUAAAUACUGUGUUGUCGAGUUGAUGUUGGUGGAAUGUAGAACGGCGAGAGUGCAGUAACUGUAUGUAUGCUCAUGUGUGCCGGUAUUUGAGAUGAAAAUGCAUUGCAAAGUGUGAAUCCCUGUCUUA